CAGCCCAUCUCCGCGACUUCCACCUUGUAAUGUAAAGGACAUGGCGUAUCCGACUUCAGCAUUCAGUCGCGCGGUCCGCGAGUUCGCAGACAAGUCCACGAAAAAAAAGGUGCCGAGCUUCAUCAAAGGCUACCUGGAGGGCACCCCUCUCUCGUCUGUAGAAGAGAUCCAUCAUUCUGUUCUUGAACUGGAAAAGCAAUGCUCUCAGCGUGUUCCUCGCAGGAGGUUGCGACCUCUGAUCACAGUACUGAAGGACUAUGACGGAGUCAUCAGCACUUUGUGUCAAGCCGAUCCAAUGCCAUCAGCACUAAUAUGGGGUGGUUUGAAGGCGGUUAUGGAGUGCAUACACCGCUACGAUAGUCUCUUUGAGAAGAUUGAAACCCAGUUGAAGAGCCUUACACGUCAGAUGAAACGACUGAAGGACUAUGAGAAACUGUUUCCCGAGUCCGAAGAAAUGCAAGAGCUACUGGUAUCUUCGUACAUUGGCAUCAUCAAAUUCUGGGCGAGAGUUGAGGAGCAGUGCUCAACUUCAUCACUGCUUCUGGCUGGAAAAGCCCUCGCGUCUUUCAGCACCAAGCGGCUAGACGAGAUUCUGGCAGAGAUGUCAGAGGACUGUGACUGCAUUGGAAAGCUCGUUCCCAUCAUCCAGGAGCAUAUUCGUCGAGGAGAACAAGCCGAUGCUACAAUCGAGCGUCAGAGAGCUGGCAUUGUAUUGGAGCAAGUACUCAGAAACCAGGCGCAAGCACGUGAAGAAAACCGAAGAAGAGAAGUCCGUGAGUGGGUCACACGCCAUGACUCGCUGAACGUGAGCAACCACCGACUCCAGACACGACUACGCGAAAGGCAUCACACAGGCACAGGAGCUUGGCUUUCUCACAACAUCAAGUUCGUACGGUGGCUAAGACCAGAGUCCGGUUCCAAAGUUCUCUGGCUCGUUGGGGGAUCCGGAGUUGGCAAGUCCGUUCUAUGUGCGCACAUGAUUGAAAAUUUGAGGUCGCAAGAGCCAAACUCAUUGAUCGCAUUCCACUACUUCAGUUUCGACGAGCCUCAACAACCUCUGGAAAUCUAUCAAAACAUUGCCGAUCAACUGUGCUUCCAGUUAUAUGGUCCAAAUUCAAAAGAAGAGGUCUCAGAUCACAUCUCUGAAGCCAUCCAAGGGAUUCUCGAUGUACCGAGUCUGCAAAACCUGAUUAGAGUUUUGGUUUCAGAGUCAAAAUCAACUUACAUCUUUUUGGACGGCCUCGACGAGGAGUAUUCAGACAAAGGUCGAUUUUCAAGCGCAACCAAAGCGGUCUCGUUCUUCAAGAAAAUUGCGACACAAGACCUGUCAGGACUCAAGCUUUGGUGCAGUUCUCAAGAUCGCCGAAAGAUCAGGGACAUGUUCGACAACUCGGAAGUCAUUAAUUUGACUUCCGCUGACAAUGAUGGAGAUAUUGAGGCAUUCCUUAGUUCAAGUCUGAACUCAGAUGACUUCGAAGACGUAGAACUCAAGACAAAGGCGGAGCUUUUGACGCAUCUGCGGAUUCAGGUCCACGGUAACUUUCUGUGGGCAGCUAUGAUGGUAGAGUCAAUGGAGGUCGCAACUAGCACACGUGAAGUUUGGAACGCUAUUAGGAAAGGAUUACCUGAGGACUUUGAAAAGUUUUUGGAGAAGAGAGUACAGGCAUAUAAGCCAACUCAUCACACAUUCAUCAGCAAUGUGUUUUCCUGUAUCGUAUAUGCCAGGAGACCCUUGACCCUACCAGAGCUUUGCGAGGCUGUAGAGACUUCCAGCCUAAAUACCGGCGAGGAUAUGCAUCCGGACUGUCGGGUUUUCCGUGGCAAGCUUCUUGACAUAUGCGCCCCUCUGGUACGCAUUGAUACCAUUCCCGACAGCUCCUCGGAAAAAGAAGUUUGCACGCUUUCGCAUUCAUCAGUCAGGGUUUUUCUUAUGGACAACCCUUCGAUACUCGCGCGUCACAUAGCACCAGAUAUCAUGGCCUUGGGCUGCCUUCAAUACCUGCAGCAGCCCAGGCUAAGAUGCUUGAUGACAGAAACCGAAAGGUUACUGAAGACACAGACGAAUGAUUCUAGCAUGGGUCAAUAUCUGUUACAGUACGCCGCACAAUACUGGGACAGCCAUCUAGAUGAUCUUCCGUAUUCCCACCACCUGUGCCAAGUUGUAGAGAAAUUUGUCAAGUCUCACCAUUUUCGUUUGGUUCUCAAAGUCUUGGCUAUCAACGGGAGUCCCAAGCUGGUUCCGCCAGGUAUUGAAUUAAUGCGAGACAUCACCGCUAAGAAUCUUCCGCACUGGUUCAUUGAGCAGUAUCCCUCUGGACAGGCCCUUGAUGAACAACUGCGAUACGCCCUCAGAGAAUGGUUUAUACCUCUCAUGCUGGAGAACUUUCGGCUCAGCGAGUAUCCCGGCCAGAUCGAUCGAUGUCUGUGGUCUACUCUUCCGAGAAACAAUUUUCUUCACAGAGCGCCCUGCUCUUCCAAGGCCUUCAUUCUUGAGAAAUCGGACUUUGGAGGAUUAUAUGCCACUGAUUCGGUAUAUCAGCGAACCAAUUCACAGGGUACAGAAGUCGACGUUUUCAUCCUCAACCGCCACGAUGAGGAUGGCUCAGCAGCCUCUGUACUUUGUGAACGCUGGACCAUGUCUCCGGUUCCAAGGCGACCAAAGCUCAAACAUCAGAAGAAAAUACAGGUUCCAUCUGACUGCUUGAGGUUUUAUCCUUCCGAAGUGGGAAAUCAGAAUAAUACGAGAGUCAACGCGAUAGAAGGUACAGAAGAUGGUCGUCUCUUGCGGAUCGGUUCCCACAUUUGCCACUCUCCCCUCUCGGCUGAUUCCGAUCUGACACUGGCCAACGCGCCAGGGAACGCUAUGAACUACAUCGAGGAAAUUGCCAGCAAUGGACUGUAUUAUGCUGUCGCGACGCGUCGUCAGGGAAUUGAAGAUAGCUUUGCAGUCACGCCCCCAGAGUCCAAGUGCGUGGUAGAAAGGGAGACUCCACACAGUCACCACCGUCAAGCCAGCGGCAGAACAGAAUCCAAAGAGAGGUCUACUAGCAACUCUUCGCAGAGUGAAGCGUCCUCGAACAGCGCCUACUGCAAUGAGGAAGAGGAAGCCUUGAAUUCCUCCUCCGACGCGGAUCACGAAUCUCAUCUAUCUCGUUUGCUGUCUGACGACGACAUGGGGGAUUCCCCCCCUGAAAUAGAAGACUCAAAUGUCUCUUCACCCUCAUUGUCGGCCUGCGAAUCCUGGAGCGAGGGAUCCACGGAAGAUAUAUCUGACGAGAUAGACGAAGCUUUGAUAUGGGAUGGUCAAGACCCGAGCGACAACGGCCGAAGUGUCUGUGACGAAGUCGGCGACAGUACGCAAUCCUCCGCUUCGAGCGAGGAUGGUUACAACACAUCUCCAGGAUCCACUUCUUCCGAGAAAAGUAGUCGUCCAUCAAUCAGGAGUCAUAUCUCCUCUGUCAGAGACGUCUCUGCUAGAGACAGUCCUGGUGCGUCUGAUCGCACCGAUUCGUCGAGCGACUAUGAACCUUCAUGCAAUGAAUCCGAUAUUUUCGACAUCUUGGAAGACGUCAUGAAAACAAAGAUCAAGGAUUUCUUGGCCCCGGAACAGCCCAGAGACAAGCAACAAAGCCUGAUGGAAAUACGUAUCUUACCCUUUUCGCCAAAAGAUGUAAACGCCACGGGGCAGGUUUUCCGGUAUGCCUGCCAUUCCGACAGAAUCACUCUGUACGAUUCGCCGCCAGUAUUUCAUCCCACUGAAAAACUGGCAGUCUGGCCCCUCGGAAACGAAGAAGUUCUUUUUGCCGACUUUGGAAGGAACAAGUACUUCGUGCGUCGACUCCAAACACAAUACCAUACAGGUUGCCAAGUCUCCAUGCAGUGUCGCUUUUCAGCAUGUGGGCAAUAUCUGCAUGCUGCCUCUCUUGUAGGCACUGUUGCGGGAAACAAGACGCAUGGAGAGGCACUUUCUUUAACUCUCCACAUCUCGACUUGGAGACUAUCGUCCAGCAAGCCUACUCGGAGCCCUCCGAGGCUGGUUUAUCGCAUCGUUCGCCCCAUACCUGCGAUAUAUGCAAAGGAGUGGAAGUUGUCAUUAUCCAGUAUUCCAUACACUUUGAACUGGAUGGCCUCUUACGUUUUUGUCUCUUCCAGCUCUUUUAAGCUGCGGGUGUGCCGCGUUCCACUGUUCAAAAAGGUAGAGCAGAAUGGAGAGGCAUACAGUAGCAAAGCAGCAGUACUGACGGACGGCCUGGUGUGUAUCCCAUUGUCUGCCACAUCGAGGAAAAUAUUUUUCUUUGCCAACCCUGACGAGAAUCCACGCAAAUAUGACAGCAAAAAAGGAGGAAAUGUUCUGCAUACCAAUUCAAAACAAACGAAAAAAAGUGUGUCUGCUCAUGUUAUCUUAUCCGCUGUUAACAUGAUCGACGCUGGUGCUAGGAUAGGACUUGACAAAGUGUUGUUUUCGAAGGAAUCUAUUGAAAGUACACCCCCUCAAGUGCUGUACCUUGAUUUGGAGGCACUGGUUUGGGAAAACGACGAUAUGGAGUUUCAGUCCAAUUGGAAGUCUAAAAGUGGCAGGAUGGAUAUUAUAGAAUCCUCAAUCGCUGCCGCAAUGACCAGAGAUUAUGAGGAGCGUCAAGAGUUCAUGAAGGGCAACCAGGCAGGUAAAUAG